AUGGGCUGUUGUAAUUCUAGUAUCGCAAACCAAAACCCUGUUCAGAGCCGCAAAACGAGCAUUUCAAGCCUGGGAAGUCAGAAAAAUUUAAAACAAAAGCCGAGAAUUCCUACACGAAAAGGGCAAAUUCGCGACACUUAUGAAAUCAUUUUGAUCAUAAGCAGCGAAGGCUUCGGAACAGUAUUUAAAGCAAUUGAAAAGAGAAGUGGGUACAUGAGGGCCAUAAAAGAAAUUCAAAAAUCAAAGCUUGAUUUAAACUCCGAGGAGCAAAUGUUGUGUGAACUCGAAAUGCUGAGGAGUCUCCAUCACCCGAAUAUAAUGAAGAUUUUUGAAGUUGUAGAGUCUGAAUUUAGCUAUUAUAUCGUGACGGAGCUGCUAGUAGGUGGUGAUCUCUCUCAAAAGAUUUUAUCUGAAAUCCGCUUCGGAGAAAAACUCGCAGCCAAAUACACUCAAGAAAUUAUGACUGCAGUUAACUAUUCCCACUCAAACAGUGUUACAUUUGGAUGUUUAAAGCCUGAAAUGCUCCUAUUCGAAGCUAAAGACCCUGAUGCUCUAUUAAAAAUCACUGAUUUUGGAGUAACUCAAAAACCAUCAGAAGAAACAAAUUUUUUUGUGAAAUCUGAAGGAAUUUAUUACCAAGCCCCAGAAGUAUUUUCUGGGAUUUUUGACAGCAAAUGCGAUGUCUGGAGCGUUGGGGUUAUCAUAUAUUUCAUGCUAUGCGGGAGGCCUCCUUUUGUUGGAUCAACUCCUCAAGAAGUAAUAGGAUACAUCAAAAAAGGAAACAUAGAGCUAAACAAAGGGAUAUGAAGCCACGUUAGCCAAGAAGCAAAAGAUUUAUUAAGAAAAACUAUAGAAAUCGAUCCAGAAAAGCGAAUUUCAGCACAAGAAGUAUUAGACCAUCCAUGGAUAAAAAAACAUAUUUUUAAUGAAAUUGAAGAUGUCCCACUAAAUCAUCAAAUUUUCGAACAAUUAUGCAAUUUCCGAGCAAAGUCAAAAUUAGAUAAAAAAAUUUUGGCAUUUAUUGCUGCUCGAGUACAGACUUUCAGAGAAGAAAGUGAACUCAGAAAACUCUUUAAAAGCUUAGAUACAAAUGGAGAUGGAGUAAUCAGCAGACAAGAAAUUUUAGAAGGGUCAAAAUUGCUUGCCACAAGUCAACAGAUUGAUUUAGAUCAAAUUAUAGAGAACUGCGAUUCUGAUAAUUGUGGCCGCAUGGAUUACUCAGGCUUUCUUGUCGCUUCAACUAAUUGGAGCCUUUUAUUCCAAAAGCAAGAGUUUGAAAAAGCUUUCCAGGCAUAUAAUAUUACUUCUGAUGGCUCCAUGUCAAAUGAUCGUGUAAUUUUGAUAGUGUGCAUUUCAUCGAAGUACAUUUAGUCGAAAAUUUUUAAAUAGUGUAACGUUUGUACGAAAUUUAAAUUUUUUUUGGGGUCAAAUGUCUCAUUAUUAAUUUUCGAUCAAAAGUACUUGGAGAAAUUUCCCCCAUCAAAAGCACACGACUUUGGACCUGCACCCCUUCUAAUGGCUAUUUAUCUUUGAACGAAUUUAAAAGAAGCAUUUAUGGGCUAGAAGAAGCUGAAUGGGAGAAAUUUUCUGAAGAAAUCGACAAAAACCAUGAAGGUAUAAUCAGCGUGGCUUCUCUCAAAGACUACUUGCUUAAGCGUCUUUCCUCUCGGUAA